GCCAUUAUGGGAAGACACGAGCCAUUAAGUAGAGCGUGAGGAAUGUUGUGUUUCUUCUCCGCUCGCCGUUGGUAUGUGGCCGUGUCUAGGGCACGGUCGGGCUAUUUAAUCCAACUCUUGGACCUCGUGUAUGUGAGCAUAAUUUCAGGGUCGCAAAUGCCAGCCAAGGGAUCUAUCGAGUGUCUGGACUAGCGCGACCACCGAUCAGAAACAUUCGCUUUCCGAUUCAGCGCAUCUGGCCAUCUUGGCGAGGGACCAGGAAAGCGAGAGAGUAUAUCACGCGUCACUUCACUUAUGGAACUGGGAAUUAUUCUUCCAUGAAUGAACCCGAGUGUUAGAUGAUCACAUUGACCUGCUGGAUGAAAGUGUUAUGGCGAUGAGUCGAAUUCAGAAGAUUAGGCAACUGCCAGUGGCAGCCUAAAGUUGGCUUGGCUUAAAUUCCGCGGUCGCAAAGUUGAAUCUUUAGACCGACCUCAGAAUGCAAAUCAAGUUAAUUCGCUCCCUUCGCACUGCAACUGACAUGCAAUUCCACCAAAUCUUCUCUCUAAUUACAACGAUCUUAAUCACAGCAGCAGCUGGCGGACAAAGUCUCGUUCCCGAGCAGCUGUUCCUCGAUUUGCCCGUUGCGGAGGUGCUCAAUCGAACUGCCUGGAACUUGGUGGAACCAUGGGCCACCGAGUACUGCACCGCCAUUGCAGAGCAGCGAUACGGAGAUGCCAUCUAUGCCCGAUACAACAUCCAUGGGGACACCAAGAACGGCAUGUUGACGUUGUGGGACUGCACUGAUGAAGGGUCGUACCGUGAAUGGAACAUCACUGUAUAUGAGCAGAUAAUGGAGGAUGCUCGAGGGUAUUACGAUGGGCACCCGGACCUUUACCAAGAAGCGCUGGAGUUCUAUAGCAGCAACAGUCCCAACGACUCGCGGGGAGCCAUCAUCGAAGCGCUGAACCAUGUAAUGAACAAUGGGUCAGACUUCUAGCCGCUCACGAGUUCCAUUCAUUCCACUCGCUAUCGGAUUCUGCAACUACUCGAUCAUGUUCCUCUAUAUGUCGGAAAGAUUCAAUAGUGGUAUGCAUUGUGACAGGUAGCACGCCACGCUGGGGCGUUGUGAUGAUAGCUUCAGCAGGACAUUUCAUUUCAAAAAGAUAUAUAUUGUGACAUCGAGUCCCUUGUAUCUAGCCUUUAAGACACUCAUGAAAGGGGAUAUAGACAGAUCACCAGUAUACCGAGAUGAGCCAUGUGCACGGACCCAGUUAUUGCCUCAUUUGGAAGGCUCUUCCGGUGGAGAAAACUGCCCCACGCGG